AUGCGGGGUCUGCCUGCGCUGCGUGUGGCCCAGCUGCCAACUGCCCGGGCGAGCCGCCCGGCGCUGCUGCGCGCCAGCAACGGAGCCCAUGCACUGCGCGAGGUCGUACGGCGGAGCCCUCGUGCGCUCGCUGCGGGCGCCCCACGCACCUUUUUGAACCUCAACGGGAUUCUGGGCGGUGGGCAAAAAGGCGACAGCUACGAAGAGACGAUCGUCCUUCCGUACUCGGCAGAGGAGCUGUACGAGAUCGUCGCUGAUGUCAACUCCUACUCCCAGUUUGUGCCCUACUGCGUCUCGUCGCGCGUCCUCGGCCCGACGCGCCGGCCGGACGUGCGCACCCAAAAAGAGCGCCCGACGUCGGUCGUGGAUGCGGAGCUCGCGAUCGGUUUCUCUGCUGUACAGGAGAGCUACGUGAGCGAGGUGAGCAUGCGCCCCGGUGAAUAUGUAACGGCACGCGCCAAGCCCUCGGCUCUAUUUAACUCGCUCAGCACCACUUGGCGCUUCCAGGCGCUGCCUGCGGCCGGCACCACGCCGCAGACGCGCGUCAAGUUCUCCCUGGACUUUUCGUUCGCGAACCAGCUGUAUGCCGCGCUCACCCGGCAAAUGUUCCAGAAACUAUCGGCGAAUAUGAUCGAGGCCUUUACGCAGCGCGCCGCGAGGGUCUAUGGACGCCGCCGGCGCAUCAUGCCCAAGGGAUACGCUAUUCACGACACCAAGAACUGGACCGACUUCAAGGUCAUUGACUUCGACCUGAAGGCGCCGGCCGACGACGACAUCGAUGUCGCCAUUACCCACUGUGGUAUCUGCGGCUCGGACCUGCACACGGUCUCGGGUGGCUGGGGCCCUCUCAAGGUGCCCGCUGUCAUUCCCGGCCACGAGAUUGUCGGCAAGGUGACCAAGGUCGGCAAGAACGUCAAGGACGUCAAGGUCGGUGACCGCGUCGGUGUCGGUGCGCAGGUCGGCUCGUGCAUGCACUGCCACCCCUGCACGCACGACAACGAGAACUACUGCAUUGGUGACGGCAAGGGCCACAUGGUCGACACCUACAACUCGAUCUGGCCGGACGGCAGCAUCGCUCAGGGUGGUUACUCGACCAACAUCCGUGCCCCCGAGCAGUUUGUCUUCCCCCUUCCGGACGGCAUCAAGUCGGAGCACGCCGCGCCCAUGCUGUGCGCUGGUCUGACGCUCUACUCGCCGCUGUACCGCAACAAGGUCGGCCCCGGCAUGCGCGUCGGUAUCGUGGGUAUCGGUGGUCUCGGCCACUUUGGUGUGAUGUUCGCCAAGGCCAUGGGUGCCGAGGUCGUCGCCAUCUCGCACUCGGCGAACAAGAAGGAGGACGCACUGAAGAUGGGUGCGAGCGAGUUCGUCUCGACCAAGGAGGAUCCCGAGUGGUCGAAGAAGUACCUGAACAAGCCCUUUGACCUGAUCAUCAACACCGCCUCCUCGUCGGCCGUCGACCUGCCCGGCAUGGUCGCCGCGCUCAAGGUGGAGGGCCGCCUGAUCUGCGUCGGUAUGCCCGAGGACGAGAUCAAGCUCAAGGUCCAGGACCUCGCCAUGCGCUCGGCCAUGCUCGGCUCGUCGCACAUCGGCAACAAGACCGAGGCGUUGAGCAUGCUCAAGCUCGCUGCCGAGAAGAAGAUCGAGCCCUGGAUCGAGCUCGUGGACAUGAAGGACUGCUCCAAGGCCAUUGAGCGCGUGUCCAAGGGUGACAUUCGCUACCGCUUCGUCCUGAAGCAGGACCUCGAGGCGUAA